AUGGCCAAGGUUAGAUACCUUCGUGCAGCUGUUUCGGGAUUUUAUCUCUGGGAAGCUGCAGUUCUGUUCAGUUUGGUAGUCACAAAGGAAACAGACAGUGCAAGAUCUCGUAGCAUGCCAAUGUCGCCAUCUGAUUUCCUGGAUAAAUUAAUGGGUAGGAUGUCAGGCUAUGAUGCAAGAAUCAGACCAAAUUUCAAAGGCCCUCCAGUUAAUGUCACAUGUAACAUAUUUAUAAACAGCUUUGGAUCCAUUGCAGAGACAACCAUGGAUUACCGAGUGAAUAUCUUUCUCCGUCAGAAUUGGAAUGAUCCACGCCUUGCAUAUAGUGAAUAUCCAGAUGACUCUUUGGAUUUAGAUCCAUCCAUGUUGGAUUCUAUUUGGAAACCAGAUUUGUUCUUUGCUAAUGAAAAAGGUGCCAACUUUCAUGAAGUUACAACAGACAACAAGUUGUUACGAAUUUUUAAAAAUGGAAAUGUUCUUUAUUCUAUCAGAUUGACUUUAAUACUGUCCUGUCCAAUGGAUCUCAAAAAUUUCCCAAUGGAUGUGCAAACAUGUAUAAUGCAGCUGGAAAGUUUUGGAUAUACAAUGAACGAUCUCAUUUUUGAAUGGCAAGAAAAGGGAGCUGUACAGGUAGCAGAAGGGCUCACUCUGCCACAGUUUCUGUUGAAAGAAGAGAAAGAUUUAUGUUAUUGCACCAAACAUUACAAUACAGGAAAGUUUACAUGCAUUGAAGUCCGAUUCCACCUUGAAAGGCAAAUGGGUUAUUAUCUCAUUCAAAUGUACAUACCGAGUCUCCUGAUUGUCAUUCUCUCCUGGGUGUCGUUUUGGAUCAAUAUGGAUGCAGCACCAGCCAGAGUGGCUUUAGGUAUAACAACUGUACUGACCAUGACAACACAAAGUUCAGGUUCACGAGCAUCACUUCCAAAGGUUUCAUAUGUCAAAGCUAUCGACAUUUGGAUGGCAGUAUGCCUGCUCUUUGUAUUUUCUGCACUUCUGGAGUAUGCAGCUGUAAAUUUUGUGUCAAGGCAGCAUAAAGAGCUUCUGAGAUUCCGCCGGAAGAGGAAGAAGAACAAGUAUUUUGGGGGAGUGCUUGAUGGAAAUGAAAUCAAUGAAUCAUUGCGACGUAGCAAUGGCUUGAGAAGUGCAGAACCUAUAGACGGGACUUUGGCUCAAAUCUACAGUACAAAUUUAAGGGACGAUGAGGUAAGGGAAAGUCGAUUCAGUUUUACAGCCUAUGGAGUGGGACCAUGUCUGCAAGGAAAAGAUGGAGUGACUCCAAAGGGGCCAAAUAAUCCCAUUCAAGCUGCACCAAAAAGCCUCGAUGAAAUGAGGAAGGUAUUCAUUGACCGAGCCAAGAAAAUUGAUACCAUUUCCAGAGCUUGCUUCCCAUUAGCCUUUCUGAUUUUCAACAUUUUUUAUUGGGUUAUCUAUAAAAUCAUUAGGCAUGAGGACAUUCACCAAUAA